AUGUCCACGAGUGAAGGGGAGUGGGAGGUCAGGCAGGAGGAGGUCAAGCAGGAGGAGGUCAAGCAGGAGGAGGUAAGGCAGGAGGUCAGGCAGGAGGAGGUCAGGCAGGAGGUCAGGCAGGAGGUCAAGCAGGAGGAGGUCAGGCAGGAGCAGGUCAAGCAGGAGGAGGUCAGGCAGGAGGUCAGGCAGGAGGUCAAGCAGGAGGAGGUCAGGCAGGAGCAGGUCAAGCAGGAGGAGGUCAGGCAGGAGGUCAGGCAGGAGGUCAAGCAGGAGGAGGUCAGGCAGGAGCAGGUCAAGCAGGAGGAGGUCAGGCAGGAGGAGGUCAGGCAGGAGGUCAAGCAGGAGGAGGUCAGGCAGGAGCAGGUCAAGCAGGAGGAGGUCAGGCAGGAGGAGGUCAAGCAGGAGGAGGUAAGGCAGGAGGAGGUCAGGCAGGAGGAGGUCAAGCAGGAGGAGGUCAAGCAGGAGGAGGUAAGGCAGGAGGAGGUCAGGCAGGAGGUCAGGCAGGAGGAGGUCAAGCAGGAGGUCAGGCAGGAGCAGGUCAAGCAGGAGGUCAGGCAGCAGGAGGUCAGGCAGGAGCAGGUCAGGCAGGAGCAGGUCAAGCAGGAGGAGGUCAGGCAGGAGGUCAGGCAGGAGGAGGUCAGGCAGGAGGAGGUCAGGCAGGAGGAGGUCAGGCAGGAGCAGGUCAAGCAGGAGGAGGUCAGGCAGGAGGUCAAGCAGGAGGAGGUCAGGCAGGAGGAGGUCAAGCAGGAGGAGGUCAAGCAGGAGGAGGUAAGGCAGGAGGUCAGGCAGGAGGUCAAGCAGGAGGAGGUCAGGCAGGAGGAGGUCAAGCAGGAGAAGGUCAAGCAGGAGGAGGUCAAGCAGGAGGAGGUCAGGCAGGAGGUCAGGCAGGAGGAGGUCAGGCAGGAGGAGGUCAGGCAGGAGCAGGUCAGGCAGGAGGAGGUCAAGCAGGAGGAGGUCAGGCAGGAGGUCAGGCAGGAGGAGGUCAGGCAGGAGGAGGUCAGGCAGGAGGAGGUCAGGCAGGAGCAGGUCAAGCAGGAGGAGGUCAGGCAGGAGGUCAGGCAGGAGGAGGUCAGGCAGGAGGAGGUCAGGCAGGAGCAGGUCAGGCAGGAGGAGGUCAAGCAGGAGGAGGCAGGAGCAGGUCAGCAGGAGGAGGUCAGGCAGGAGGUCAAGCAGGAGGAGGUCAGGCAGGAGGAGGUCAAGCAGGAGGAGGUAAGGCAGGAGGUCAGGCAGGAGGUCAAGCAGGAGGAGGUCAGGCAGGAGGAGGUCAAGCAGGAGGAGGUCAAGCAGGAGGAGGUAAGGCAGGAGGUCAAGCAGGAGGAGGUAAGGCAGGAGGAGGUCAGGCAGGAGGAGGUCAAGCAGGAGGAGGUCAAGCAGGAGGAGGUAAGGCAGGAGGUCAGGCAGGAGGUCAGGCAGGAGGUCAAGCAGGAGGAGGUCAAGCAGGAGGAGGUCAAGCAGGAGGAGGUCAAGCAGGAGGAGGUAAGGCAGGAGGUCAGGCAGGAGGAGGUCAGGCAGGAGGAGGUCAGGCAGGAGGAGGUCAGGCAGGAGGAGGUAAGGCAGGAGGUCAGGCAGGAGGAGGUCAGGCAGGAGGAGGUAAGGCAGGAGGUCAGGCAGGAGGAGGUCAGGCAGGAGGAGGUCAGGCAGGAGGAGGUCAGGCAGGAGGAGGUCAGGCAGGAGGAGGUCAGGCAGGAGGAGGCUGUCCACACGACACUGCAGCUCCUGCUGCACCUGUGCCCAUGA